AUGGCGCCAGCUACAAACUUAACACCGCAACCCCCGCCGGCGCGCAUACCAAAGCUCAGGUAUAGGAUUCCACUGCCAGCAGAUCAAAUCCCGCUUUCCUUGCACACUUCCCAGGACUCGGCGCAGACUUCGCAGCACACAACACAUUCUCCACUGCACCGGCGCGUUUCGACUGCGAGUUCAGACACCCCCUCUUCACCCUACCGCCCAUCUUUCGAGACCACAGCAAGCACCGCGUCGUCCAGCCUGGCUUCCACACUAUCCAGUCACUCGAGUUCCAAUGACUCCAAAACAUCCAAGAAGAAGAAAAAGAGCAAUUCAGUCUUUGGCUUCCUAUCCCUGAAGGAGCCUUCCCAAGUCGCCCUCGAGCAGUUCGCUGAGCAGCAGCGCAAGCAAGGCAAUGGCAAGGGCACAACUUCACCCUCGAAUGCCUCCAUCAUGACCAGCGCCACAUUUGCGAGCAAGAAGCUGCCAGCAGAUGUGCCCAAAGUGAACUCCAAGUGGGAUGGCAUUCCAGAUGCCGUCAAGAAGCGGCAGUCCACGUCAACUACGACCGCCAGGACAAGCAAAGACACCAAACGAACGUCGGGAACGUCGUUUGGCUCACAAGGCUCUCAGCUCUCAGCAUUGCCAUGGAACACCUCAGCCUUCUCUGUCAUGACGGACGAGUCUCGUGGUCCACCCAACUCAAUCACGUCUGUACCUGCGGGGACCAAUGCCGACAUCUACCACAACGGACACUACAUUCCCUCGUCGCCGUCCGAAAAUUCGCUUCCUGAACCAUCCCAUUACUUCCCGAGAGAGCCGAUGGCAUCUGGUGCUUUGCCUGGACCAUCUUCCGCAACUUCCACCGAGACUGAGGCUGGUCCUCUGCCUGAGAGUUUAUAUUCAACAACCAAGCCUGAAAUCGCGCCACAUGAUCUCGAGAGCCUCAGAUCUGCGUCAACGGCACCAUCGACAGGUUCGGUGGACACGAUCGUGCGAGAAACAGCUGAUGUCAUCUUCAGAAAGAUGAACGAUCGGCCUCAACAGCAGAGCUUUUGGGGUGGAGAUGCGCCAGCAGUCCAGUCACCUGGGGGAUCUGAAUCGAGAGUACCCGAGUCUCAUGAUUUCUUGUUUGAAAUACUACCCAACGCCCAAUCGCAGAAGAACGAAUCUCUGAUUACGUCUCCGUCUGGCCCUCAUACUGCAUCGGCCACUCGCUACACAGCACCACCUGCAUGUUACGUCCCCUCGACUACUCACGACAAAACGUCACCUGUCCCUCAUUACUCUCCUUCACGACCCGUGCACAACUUUAGUCGGCCUAUGCCACCGCCUUCGUCCACAAAAUUCUUCCAGCCGGCGCCCCUAGCACCUUCAUCCUUGCGGUCAAAAGCUAUGAGCUCGGGCCUUCCGACCCUAUACGAAAACUCUAUUGCGAGCACCGAGUCCUUGGAGACGAUUCGGGACGACGGCGACACGCGAUCAAUUGCGCCAUCUUUCACGCCGUCUUCAAUAGCACCAUCUGAACUAUCGGAGCACUGGCAUCAAUCUUCUCGUGAUCGCCUUGGUCUUGGUGGGCAGAUGCGCAAGAGCGAUGUGCUGCCAUGGAAGAUGGCGGAAGAUAGUCUAGGUAAGCCUAAGUCUCAGAAACAUCGAUUUUCUAUGAUGAUGAAGGGCGCACUGAGGUCAUAAGGUUCCCUUGGUGGCUGAACCGUGACUAACUCCAUGUACAUAGCAGCUUGCGACAGCCAGCAGCCAUCCUAG